AUGGGGUCUGGGGUUACUGGUUUGUACUGGGAUGGGGUUCGGGGUGACUGGGGAGGUCAGCGGUGCAUACUGGCCCGUACUGGUCCGUACUGGUUUGUACUGGGAGGGGCUCACAUGGUCUGGGGCGAGAAGAGCCCCGAGAGCGUCAAACACUGCGAGGCCAAAUUCAGCGCCGGGCUCAGGGAGCGCUGGUUCUGGCGCCUGCGGGGCGGGCUCCUGGUUCCGGGCUCCCCCCUGCCCAUCUCCCACCUCUGGCCGGGGCUCCCGGCCGGGAUCGACGCCGCCUACGAGAGGAGCGACGGAAAAUUCGUUUUCUUCAAAGGUUCUCGCCACUGGGUUUUCCAGGAGGGGCUCCUGGCCCCCGGCUACCCCCGGCCCCUCUCCGAGCUCGGCCGCGGAGUCCCCGGCGACCGCCUGGACGCCGCUCUCCUCUGGCUGCCCAGCGGUCACACCUACCUGUUCCGGGGUGACAAGUAUUAUCGUUUCAACGAGGCGCUGGGGGCCGUGGACCCCGAGUACCCCAAAAGCAUCGAGGUUUGGGGGGUCCCCCCCGGACCCCGCGGAGCCUUCGUGGGGCCGGACGAGGCCUUCACCUAUUUCUACCGCUCUCACCUGUACUGGAAAUUCGACAACUCCGCCCUGCGCCUCUUACCUGGCUACCCCAAAUCCGCGCUCCGUGAUUGGCUGAGCUGCCCGGGGCAGGCCCCGCCCACUUCCGAUCCCGACUCACGUGACACUGACGUCAUCGUGAUGACGGUGGGGGCGGGGCCCGCGGCGGUGGCGGCGCCGCUGGCGCUGCUGGGAUUGGCCGCCGCCCUGGUGGGCGUGGCCGCGCUCUGGAGGAGAAGGGGCGGGGCCAACGCGCACCUGCGCAGGUGUCAGAGGUCGCUGCUGCCCAGGGUGUGAGAGCGGCCCGAGCGGCUGGGCGCGGUCCUGGAGCACCUGGGCAGGUGUGUGACACACCUGGGCACACGUGUGACACACCUGGGCACAGCUGUGACACACCUGGGCACAGCUGUGGCACACCUGGGCACCGUGUGACACACCUGGGCACAGCUGUGACACACCUGGCCAGGUGUGUGACACACCUGGGCACACCUGUGACACACCUGGGCACACCUGUGACACACCUGGGCACAGCUGUGGCACACCUGGGCACACCUGUGACACACCUGGGCACACCUGUGACACACCUGGGCAACGUGCGACACACCUGGGCACACCUGUGACACACCUGGGCACAGCUGUGGCACACCUGGACACACCUGUGACACACCUGGGCACAGCUGUGGCACACCUGGGCACACCCACGACACACCUGGGCCCUGUGUGACACUCCUGGGCACAUGUGUGACACACCUGGGCACAGCUGUGACACACCUGGGCACAGCUGUGGCACACCUGGGCCCUGUGUGACACACCUGGGCACACCCACGACACACCUGGGCCCUGUGUGACACACCUGAGCACACCUGUGACACACAUGGACAUGCCCCUAGAACACCUGGGCACACCUGUGACAAGCCUGGGAAAGUGUGUGACACACCUGGGCAGGUGAGUGAGACCCCUGGGCACCGUAUGACACACCUGGACAUGGCUCUAAAGCACCUGGGCACUCCCUACACCCACCUGGACACUCCCCAGACUCACCUGGACACACGUGUGACACACCUGGACACUCCCUAGACACACCUGGGUGCACUCCUAAAUCACCUCGACACGCCCCAGACUCACCGGGACACACCUGGACACGCCCCUAAAGCACCCGGACAUGGCUCUAAAGCACCUGGACACUCCCCAGACUCACCUGGGCACGUUCCUAAAGCACCUGGCCACUCCCUACACCCACCUGGACACACGGGUGACACACCUGGACACGCCCCUAAAUCACCUGGACGCUGCCCUUGAAUGGACUCGCCCACCCGGCUCACCUGGAUAUGUGCCUAAAUCACCUGGACACGCCCCAGACUCACCUGGACAGGUCCCUAAAGCAGCUGGACACUCCCAAUUUGCAUGGACACGCCCCUUUGCCCACCUGGACACUCCCUAGACUCACCUGGACGCACCUGUGACACACCUGGACACUCCCCUAACUCACCUGGACACUCCUGAUUUGCAUGGACACAUCCCUAAAGCACCUGGCCCCGCCCCUAACUCACCUGGCCCCGCCCUAUGCCAUUUUGCCACGCCCACUGCAUGACCCCUGCCCCCCCAGGCCACGCCCCUUUCCCCAUACAUGGUGCUUCGAUCAAGCCCCGCCCCUCCUGUGACCGGGGGCGUGGUUAUGCAAAUGAGGGCGGGGCCUGCGCUUCCUUUUAUUUUCUUUUUUUUUUCCCCACCCCCCGGAUUUUUUGUUUUUUUUUUUUUUUUUUACAUUUUUUGGGAAUUUUGGGAAUUUUUCAGGUGGGGGAGGGGCGGGAGCUCCGCCCCCCUUCCCCUCCCAAAUUUUUUUUUUUUUUUUUUUCCCCGCUGGACGGGAGUUUUGGGGAGGGGGGGAGGGGCAGAGUGAAGCCCCGCCCCCAAUAAUUGGGAUUGGGAGGGGGGGGGGGGAUUAUUAAUUAAUUAAUUAAUUAAUUGCGAUUAAUAAAUGAAUGAACUUAACUGGUGUGCACUGGUUACUUGGAACUCCAUCCCAGUACAAACCAGUACAAACCAGUAACCCCAAAUCCCUCCCAGUACAAACCAGUAACCCCAAACCCCCUCCCAGUUCAUCCCAGUAACCCCAAACCCUCUCCCAGUACAAACCAGUAACCCCAAAUCCCUCCCAGUUCAUCCCAGUAACCCCAAACCCUCUCCCAGUACAAACCAGUAACCCAAAACCCAUCCCAGUUCAUCCCAGUAACCCCAAACCCUCUCCCAGUACAAACCAGUAACCCAAAACCCAUCCCAGUUCAUCCCAGUAACCCCAA